CGGAGGAGGAGGCGGAGCCCUGGCCCGAGCCCGAGCGAUGAAUGGAGAAGGCGCAGCAGUGGGCUGGCGCUGCCCAGCAGAGGCCCCCAAGAGAGCGGGGCGGGAGCCGGCGACACAGUUAAAGCGGACGCCUUAGAAGCCUCCGACCCGCCGCAGUAGUACUGCUCGGGGACUGCGAGGCCGUCGGGUUUCUCAAAUCUUCCCGAGCUCGCCCAGGCCUUCGCCCGAGAGGCGUGAGGGCUGCGCGCGCGUUGCCUGAAAGAAGCAGGGUGUACGCGGACUGACCAAGCUGCUCCGGGAUUGGGAGCAGUUGUCUCUUCAGCCGCGAGGCGGGCGGACGCGAUCCCGCCCUCGGUAACACCGCCUCGCGCGGGCGGGGCGUCCGAGCCGCACUAGGACCCAGGCGAGGCGCAGGGGUGUGUCGCCAGCUCUUGGCCAUUUGGGGUCCCGCGGCGCCCAGGACGGCACGCAGCGGUCCGCCGAUCACCCGCACCAUGGCCGGGGCCAGCAAGCGCGUGUUCCAUCUCCAGCCGUGCGAAAGCUCCUCUUUGGCUGUGUCUCAGAACGGAGGCCUCGAGGAUUCCAGUGAGUACUUCUCAGCUCCAUCCCCAAGCUGUCUCAGGAAUGAAGUGGAUGAUACGUCAGAGGCCCGAGAAGACAGCCUGGGGGAUGAUGUCUUCGAUACAGUCAAUUCUUCCAUCGUGUCUAGUGAGAGCAUCCGCUUCUUCGUCCGUGUCAAUCUGGAGGUGCAGCCCUCCGUAUCCGAAGGCGAAGCACUAUCCAACGGCUGCGUGCUCCUGCACACGUCCCGCAAGUACCUGAAGUUAAAGAACUUCAGGGAAGAGAUCCGUGCGCACCGGGACCUGGAUGGCUUCCUGGCCCAGGCCAGCAUCAUCCUGAAUGAAACAGCCACCUCCCUGGAUGAUGUGCUACGGACCAUGCUAGGCCGCUUUGCCCAGGACCCCAACCACGCUGAGCCUGACUGCAACUUGGAGCUGAUCAUGGCCAAGCUCUUUACGGAUGCAGAGGCCCCCACAGAGAGUAAAGUGCAGCUGCUGUCAGAUACCAUCCAAGGGGUCACGGCCACGGUCAGAGGGGUGCAGUACCAGCAGUCAUGGCUCUGUAUCAUCUGUACCAUGAAAGCCCUGCAGAAACGGCAUGUGUGCAUCAGCCGCCUGGUUCGCCCACAAAACUGGGGUGAAAACUCCUGUGAAGUUCGGUUUGUCAUCCUGGUGCUGGCCCCACCCAAGAUGAAAAGCACCAAGACUGCUAUGGAGGUGGCCCGCACAUUUGCCACCAUGUUUUCAGACAUCACCUUCCGCCAGAAGCUCCUGAAGACCCGCACGGAGGAAGAAUUCAAGGAGGCACUGAUGCAGCAGAAACAGCUGCUCACCAUGGCGAUACCAAGAGCAAACGGACAAGGCAGAGGCUCCUUCCAUGCGCACAGACACCUACAGCCCCCGAAGUGCAAAGACUUCUUCCCUUUUGGGAGGGGCAUCAGGGAAGACAUCUCGCGCAGGUUUUCCGUCUACUUGCAGGACUUCACUGAUGGCAUUGUCGGGAAAAGCAAGGCUGUGGGCAAAUACAUCACCACCACCCUGUUUCUCUACUUUGCCUGCCUGCUGCCCACAAUUGCAUUUGGGUCUCUGAACGAUGAGAACACAAAUGGAGCCAUUGAUGUGCAGAAGACCAUAGUCGGCCAGAGUAUCGGCGGCUUCCUGUAUGCAAUCUUCUCUGGGCAGCCACUGGUGAUUCUGCUGACGACUGCGCCCCUGGCCAUCUACACCCAGGUGAUCCGGGUCAUCUGUGAUGACUACAACCUGGACUUCAGUGCCUUCUAUGCGUGGACAGGCCUGUGGAACAGCUUCUUCCUCGCACUCUAUGCCUUCUUCAACCUCAGUCUGGUCAUGAGUCUUUUCAAAAGGUCAACGGAAGAAAUUAUUGCCCUGUUCAUUUCCAUCACGUUCGUGGUAGAUGCCGUCAAGGGCAUGGUCAAAAUCUUCUGGAAGUACUACUACGGCCACCAGCACAACAAGAGAAUGUCACUCCUGGUGAGCCCACUAGGCACAGGCACUGCCCUCAACUCCAGCUUCCAGGCCGCCCUCAACUCCAGCCUCCUGGCCAGCCCCACUGAGCUGGAUGCUUUGAGUGGCCUGGGCGCUGUGCACUCCGGCAGGGCGACUGCAGUGCUCAGCCUCCUCAUCAUGCUGGGCACGCUCUGGCUCGGCUACACCCUUUACCAGUUCAAGAAGAGCCCCUACCUGCACCCAUACGUGCGCGAGAUCCUGUCUGACUGUGCCCUGCCCAUCGCGGUGCUCACCUUCUCCCUUCUCAGCUCCUAUGGCUUCCAGGAAAUUGAGAUGAGCAGGUUUCGUUACAACCCCAGCGGCAAUCUGUUUGAAGUGGCACAGAUCAGCUCGCUGUCUCUGGAGGCCAUCGGCAGUGCCAUGGUCCUUGGCUUCCUCCUCUCCCUGCUCUUUUUCAUCGAGCAGAACCUCGUGGCUGCCUUGGUCAAUGCACCAGAGAACAGGCUGGUGAAAGGCACUGCCUACCACUGGGACCUCCUGCUUCUUGCCAUCAUCAACACGCUCCUGUCCCUGUUUGGGCUGCCCUGGAUCCACGCUGCCUACCCCCAUUCCCCGCUGCAUGUGCGGGCCCUGGCUUUAGUGGAGGAGCGAGUAGAAAACGGGCACAUUUAUGAGACGAUUGUGAAUGUCUGGGAGACACGGCUGACCUCGCUGGGCGCCAGUGUGCUGGUGGGGCUGUCCUUGCUGCUGCUGCCUUUCCCGCUGCAGUGGAUCCCCAAGCCCGUGCUCUACGGCCUCUUCCUCUACAUCGCGCUCACCUCCCUGGAUGGUAACCAGCUCUUCUCUCGUGUGGCUCUGCUGCUCAAAGAGCAGACAUCAUACCCACCCACACACUACAUCCGGAGGGUGCCCCAGAGAAAGAUCCACUACUUCACCUGCCUGCAGGGCAUGCAGCUGCUGCUGCUGUGCACCUUUGGCAUGAGCACCCUGCCCUACAUGAAGAUGGUCUUUCCUCUCAUCAUGAUCCUCCUCAUCCCCAUCAGGUACAUCCUGCUGCCCCGAAUCAUCGCAGCCAAGUACCUGGAUGCCAUGGAUGUGGAGCACUGGUCCUGACUGGUGGGCUCUGGCCACACCUUCACCGCCCUCAGGGAGGUGUGGCUGUCUGGGCUCUCGCAGCAGGCUGUGUCCUCAUGGGCAGCUCACAGGUCCCAGCAACUGGGCAUUGUGGGGGUUCCAUGCUGUGUGCUCCCUGCUCUGCCCAUUAGCCUUCAGCCUUGGGUCAGGAAUGCUGCUCAGGGCAGUUUCUGUCCAGGGUGGGGACUAAGCAGAGUGGGUUUUCUUUUGAUAAAAGAGUCAAUGCCAGGAGGGAAGCCAUUUCCUUGAUUGUGUAAGGAACGCACUGUGGCACAUCAGCGAAUAAAGCUCCUGUUUGUAUCCUUCA